AUGAUUGUUUUAAGUAAUGUAGCUGUGCCAACAGAUGGCAUUCGAUUGAUUCAAGGUCAAGUUACUGCAUAUAUUGAAAGUGAAUCUGCUGGUGAAGGUGAACUGACCAUUGCCGAAAGUUCAGUAACAUGGAUUUCAAAUAUUAGUGGACAAGGCUUUAGUCUGACUUAUCCGUCAAUCAUCCUUCAUGCUGUUUCACGGGAUCCAAGCGUGUUUCCAGAAGAGUGCAUUUACGUGUUAGCUGAUGCGAAAGGGUCAGACAUAGGAUUACAAGGCACCGAGGAGUCUGUGAGUAGUGCACAUAAUGGGAAUGGUAUUGAAGAACAAGCAGAAUUUGAUGAAAAAAGGACAGAGAAUGGUUGCGGUGAUGAUAUUGAUGAUGAUGGUGAUGAUGAUGAUAAAGCACAUUUAGCUAUACGUUUUUCUCCCCAAGACAAAACUAUAUUACAAAAUAUUUAUCAACAAAUGUGCGAAUGCCAAGAACUGAAUCCUGACGAGGGGGACGAUUUUUCGGACGAUUUUACUAUGGAUCCAGACGGCGAUUUCUCAGAAAAUAAAUCGGAUGAGGAAGGAGAUUAUGAGGGAAAUGAUGGAGAAGGAGAUCAGAAUACGCUAUAUUUUCAAGACAUAUCAACAACUAUGCGCAGGCAUGAAACCAAUGGUGAUCAUGGAGAUGCCUUUGGCAGUGAACAAAUGGACGAAGGAUAG